GUUGUUGUUUUGUUUGAGUUUACAAAAAAACAGAAAAAUUAAAGGGCUAGAAGACUGGUACAGCACCUCACCUUGUGAGGAUGCCAUUAUGACUUCAGAAAAUCGGGAGGUACUUCAAACCAUAACGACUUGUAGUAACGUUGUUUCCAAGAAGAGAGAAAAAACCGGUGAAAUGGGCUCGUUGAGCAGGGAAGAGAGAAGAAGACGUCGAAGAGCUACCCAAAAGUAUAGAACGGCUCACGCGACCAGGGAGAGGAUAAGGGUGGAAGCAUUCAAUGUCGCUUUCGCAGAACUCAGGAAACUACUGCCUACUCUUCCUCCAGACAAAAAGUUGUCCAAGAUCGAGAUUCUCAGAUUGGCUAUUUGUUAUAUCGCCUAUCUCAAUCAUGUUUUGGAUGCUUAGGUUAAUACAGGGACUGAAGUCAAAUGAGGUUUUUGAAAUAUUAGGUUGUUGCAAAAGUUUUGUCCGUUUUUAUCUCAGUGAAUAUUAACUCAAUUGAAUCGCAAUGAGUGCCAUUUGAAAAAGUGCACUUUUGCCAACGUAACACAAGUCGAUUAAUACAUUUCGUCGAUCUCCUCACAGUAGGACUCUACCGUGAUGGA